CUCGACUUCUGUUGGAAUUUUUGCCUCGUGAGUACGAUGUCAAUGUAAUACGUCGAUCGUUGAAGGUAAGGUUUUAGCUGCAGUGCACAAAGGUAGUGAUUUCCUUUCUUUGUUUUGGUGAAUCGUUAUCUUGUGAGAACAUUGAUUAAAUCAAAAUAUGGCCUUUUUUUCCUUAGACUGCUGUUGUGUCAAUUGGGGAGGACUCAAACCCCACAUAGAGUGGGUAAAUGUUCCAGUUUGCUAUCACCCAAGUGAGUAUUUUACCACUCAUCACAGUCUCAGUUCACUUAAUAACGUUUUAUUUCAAAUAGUUAGCGAUUAACAAACUUCUAGAAAGGUUUUGUGGGGUUAGUCGCGAAAUGCUAAUACGCUACGGUGUUAUUAUCCGUAAGAUCAGGCCAUUAAAGGUUACCGAAUAAAGGGGGUAAGUUUCUCAAGAAACUGUUGUGCUGCGUCGGUGGGAGAGUAUAACGGGGUAAUUAAUUGUUAUCAACUGAGUUAAUAACGUAUAUUAGCCACCGUAAAGAGUUUAAAAACCGACAUUUCGAGCGUUAGCCCUUCGUCAAUCGCUCUGACGCUCGAAGCGUUAGCUUUUAAACUCUUUAUGGUGACCAAUUUACGUUAUCAAGUCAGUCGAUAAUACUUAAUUACCCCAUUAGUGUCUACUAUUGAGCUCAUGUUCUCUUGCUACUGCAGAUCUACAAUAGUUUUGUACAUAUUGCGGGCCUAUAUCAUCUUUGUUUCAGGCUGCAUCUGCCAACCUCACUGUGAGCACUGCUACGACCUGGACUGUCACCACUGCUGCUGUGAACCUUGCUGUGGCGGCUGCUGCGGCCAUCACUGUCAUCAAUGUUGCCAUCACUGUCCCUGCUGUCACUGCUGUCACCAUUGCUGUCACUGCUGCCACUGUAGGCGAGGAGUGGUGACAAACAAACCGCCAUUAGGUAGGUCCCUUCUCUUUUGAGUGGUGCUAGUUUUGAUGCUCAAGGAGACAUAAUCUUUUAAUAGAAUAGAGAAAUAUGGAGUACAUUCUAUUCACGAUUCUGAAAUUGGAGGUAUUCAUAUUUUAAAAGUACAAAAUUUUGGAGCUCUGUUGAGCUAUGUUAUGUUUUUACUCUGCUAAACGGAAACGGUAAGAAAAACGUAAAACCAACAACAUUAAAAAAAGAGAGAGGAGAGAGAGAUUAAAUCUAUGAACCGAUCGAGGCUAUAGGAUCAUUGUCAUAAAAAUCUUAUUGUUCCAGCUCUAACCAAAAUUAUGGGUCAACGUGAUAAAAAGACAUGUCGUAUCCGUUUCGGUGGACAUGUACAACGUGCAUUUCCUCGACGAGGAUGGGAUUCGAACCCACGCGUGCAGAGCACAUUGGAUUAGCAGUCCAACGCCUUAACCACUCGGCCACCUCGUCGUGUGUUUGUUGGGUAUGUCAUAUCAUAAGUCAUCAAUGAAUAAUUAUAAGGAAGCGCGGUAUCAAAUAACCGGAACAAAAAUAAAUUAUUGACAAAAACGUAAUACAUGUAUCUGUUCUACUACAAUUCAUUACGCUGUAGAGCGUGCAGAGCGCAGAUAAUUAAUAGUACGUCAAAACAGAUCAUAAUUUUCUCAUUCGGAUCCAAGUAUUGACUUCUCCGCCAUCCAAUAGUAGUCUUUCGUUACUCCUUCAUUAAUUUUCAGCUCCUAGAAGGAAAUCAAGGAAACAUGAUAAGUCCAAGAAAGUAUCGAAGAAAAAGAAGUAUCACAAAAGAAAUUGCUUUUGUGUAACACCGCUCGUCUUGCGCAUGCCCUUCUUCCCGAGACUGUGGUAAUGGUAAUUAGUACCAAAGAGUACUAGUGCAGUAAGGAGAUAUCUCCUAGGAUUAGUUCAGCAAGAAUAUGGCUGUGUGCAAAAAGAAUGCCCACUGAUGAAACCGAAAAGAGCUGGAAGCAAUGCCAGAGACAGUUUCGAACACAACCAACUUCGUGGCUAGGGUGUUAUGUACAAAAUUAUGUAAUUAGCUAGGAGAAAGAGAAAAAUGCUUGGAUAAUAAAGCUUCAUUGCUUUUGUUUUUAGAUUGUGUCAAAGAUAUUUUCUCGAUUGGAGAAUCAGAAAACGUUUUUGCUUUUUGUUCUAUUUUUUCGAAAGCAGCGUGAAGGUGAUAGAAAACAACUGCUAACUGGGACGUAACGGGUAAUAGAACAAGUGUUUCAAUUCUUAAAAAUAAACAGUGCCUGUCUUUUAAAAAUAUCGGUAGCUUAGUUCACUAAAGAGCAUUAAUCUGCUCUGUUUUGUUAAGGUAAAACGUCUUUCCUGAACGACUUAUCAGCAUGAAAAUUACUUUAGAGAAUUACCUGAAGCAGAACCUCGAACAUAAGAUUACAGGUGUAGUAUUCUAAGUCAAGUUUGCCUUGGACUCUCC